CUCUAAUCUGGACAGAUUAGAGAAUUUGUUGUUUUAGACAACUUUUACAUCAUUAAUUUAUUUACCCAGUUUACCAUAAUGAAUCGUAUCUAAAUGAGGCUACAACGCAGUUUUUUAGAAGUGUCUAUCAGAACUGAACUUAACUUUCAGACUACGAAAUAUUUCUGUAUCGUAAAGGUUCCUUUUGUCUAUCCUACGUUUUUCAAUUUUGUAAAAUGUACAAGCAGGUUGGUUAUAAAGAUAGCAAAACAGGUAUUCAAUCAUUUUCAGAAAAUUUAUUUUCACGCCAGAAACUACUCAGUGAAAUUCAAAAUUAUUUUUUACAAGAUGCAAACAACUCAUCUUUAGUAUUAUAUGGAAUGUCGGGUGUCGGCAAGACACAUAUUGCAAGAAAAUAUAGUGAACUUUCCUAUAACUUCUAUAAAAACAUUGUUUGGAUUGACGCAGCUUUUGGAAUGUUACAAACUUCAAUGAGAAACCAAUGUCAAAUAUUAGGAUUAGAGGUUCGUGAUUCGAAAAGAGAUUAUUUAAAUAUAAAAGUGAUUGUUGAAAAAGUUCACAAAUAUUAUAAAAAUGAAAAAACUUUGUUUAUUUUUGACAAUGUCGAUGAUGAAAGUGUUAAAAAUUUUUCAAUGUACAUUUCAAGAAAACCGAAUUCAUUCACGUUGAUUACCUCCCAAUGGAGAACUUGGUCAAGUAAUGUAAAUAAAAUGCUAGUUGAUGUUUUUUCUUCUGAAGAAGCAUUCGCUUAUGUAAAAAAUAAUAUUAAAGAAAACAGCGACGGAAACACAAGAAACUUAAUUAAAGAACUUGGUUAUCAUCCGUUUGCAAUUACUCAGGCAAUAAAAUAUAUAAAUCUACAUAAAGUUUCGAUAGAAAAAUACAUAGAUCGAUAUAGAUUAAAACCAUUAGAAAUAUUAGACAAUAAUAAUUUUUACACCGAAGAAGAAUCAAAGUCUGCAAUAAAAGCAAUUAACUUAGUUUUAAUAAAAUUAGAAAAAACUAAGCCUUUUCUAUUUAAAAUAUUAAACUGUUUAUCUCAUUGCGACGGUCAAAACAUCAGUAAACAGUUUAUAGCACAAAUCUCAAAUCUAAUGGAAACAAACGAUGAAUCUUUAAUAGAUGAAACUAUUGGAUUACUAAUGAGUUAUUCUUUACUAAACUGUUUUGAUGAUAAAAAGUAUACAAUACAUGAACUAACACAGUUAACAUGUAGAUGUUUUCAAAAAAGAAAUUCUAAUACAAAUACAUAUCUUGAUUUAAUCGAAAAUUAUUUUAAAUUUGAAUUGAAUGAAAUAAAAGAUCACAUGGAUUACGGAAAUCAUUUUGUUUUUCAUUUUAUCUAUAUGUUUCGUAGUAACAAAGAAAGAUUUUCGGAAACCUUCCAUCAUAUGACGACUUCUAUUCACAAAAUAUUAAUAUGUAGAGGUUUAUUUAAAGAAGCAAUCGAAAUAUUAAAAGCUGUUCAAAAUUUUAAUACAGAAACUUAUGGUGAAAAUAAUAAAAUCACACUUGAUACAAAACAUAAUAUCGCAAGCUGUUUGGACAAAAUGGGAAAAUAUAACGAAGCUUUAGAAAUUUAUUAUUCUGUUUAUAAAAUAAAAACUGAAACUUUAGGUAUUAACCAUCCGUCUACAAUGGCAACAAAACAUAAUAUUGCACUCUGUUUGGACGAAAUGGGAAAAUAUAACGAAGCUUUAGAGAUUUAUUAUUCUGUUGAUAAAAUACGAACUGAAAUUUUAGGUAUCAACCAUCCGUCUACAAUGACAACAAAACAUAGUAUCGCAUUCUGUUUAUACAAUAUGGGAAAAUAUAACGAAGCUUUAGAAAUUUAUUAUUCUGUUGAUAAAAUACAAACUGAAAUUUUAGGUAUCAACCAUCCGUCUACAAUAACAACAAAACAUAAUAUCGCACUCUAUCCACAAAACGCACUUGUUAUUGACAAUAAAAAUGAAAGAAAUCUGAUUGACGAUAUUGACAGCAACGAUUGUAAGCAACUUGAAAAACGAACAAAUCUGAAACAAGAACAAAUUACUAAUAUAUGCACACACCAUCAUGAUACGUUAGUUGUAAGAUAUGAGAGUAAUCAGAAAAGUUUAUGUACUCCAUUUCUGAGUCACCAAAAGGUGUGUAGAGCAUCUCUACGUGUGAUUACAAUGCAUACUGUUUUAGAGGCAGAAACUAUAGGUGUCCAACCUGUCGAAGUCAAAGGAUUGCACAAGUCAGGUAAAAUCAGAGAAGGUAAACGAAAAUUGACAGCAUUAACAACCUCCAUUAAAAAACAGGUAGCCAUUUCCCUUAAUAUAUCAGGAGAAAGUUUUGAAGAACAGUCAAAAUUUGAAGAUGAUGAUGAGAUUGAAUUUGAUCAAUGGACAACAACAGAUAUGUUAAACUUGACACAUAAUAAAGAGCCAGUGUUUGAAUACAUUGAACUAGUAUGUAGAAAACUGGAAAAACUUGCACCACAUUCGUAUUUAGCAAAGAGUCAAGCAUUAUACCUGAGAUCACGAAAGGAAGAUAUGAAUGAGGUAACAGCAUUAUUUCUGGGUGAUUUUUCAGAAAACUAUAAAUUUGUAGUUCAGGAUGAAGUUCAAAGCUUUCAUUGGAAAAAUUUACAAUGUACACUUCAUACAGUGAUUAUUUAUUUCCAAAAAGAAGGCAUUCUCAAGCACAAAAUUUAUUGUGUUAUUUCGGAUGAUAUGAUCCAUGAUGUGAACAUGGUAGGCACUAAGCUAUGCAGUGUUGAUGAAAAAUUUGCUUUAAUUCAUGACUUUGGAAAUAUCCAGAUAAUAACUGUAAACCUAGUACCAGAAUUAGUGAGAGACUAUAAUAGAACUGCGUUAACUCUGGGAGGUAAAUAUAAUGAUUUGAGUAAAUAUUACCGUUUUUUAUUACCUCGAUUAGAGUAA